AUGCUGCGCACUCUCUCGAUUAACAUGGCGAAAGAAUACAAUUUGCACCCUCGGGGCUGGGAAACAGCCCCCGAAGAGGAACGAUUCAGAGUGUCAACUCUAGAUUACCUGUCCGGACUGUGCUACACGCAUUUCGCCAUCUACUUCCGUCUGGACGACACCGACAAACCCCAGACCCUAACCCUCCUCAAGGAAGGCCUAGAAGCAACCCUCUCCCAGAUCGGCCAUCUCUGCGGCACCAUCGAGCGAGCACCCGACGGCAGCCACUGGUUCGUCAAGAAGCGCGACAGCACCGUGCGUCUCCUCGUGCAAUGGCUCGACGCAUCCACAGACGCACACAAGUACCCCUCGCUAGACGACAUGGAAAGCGCCAGCUUUGCCGGGCGCGCCCUGGGCGAUUUCAAGACCUGGUCCAUCGAGCCCAUGACCUACGGCGAGAAGCCCGAAGCACACCCGAACACGUCGCCUGUAGUGUCCGCCUUUCUGGCGAACUUCGUCCGCGGCGGUCUGGUCUUCAUCACGCACAUGCACCACUACGCCAACGACGCGAUGGGCUGGUCGGGCUUCAUCCACCAGCUCGCGGAGAACUGCUACGCUAUCAAACACGGCGCCCCGUUCUCUGCGUGGGACCCGGUCUGCAACGACGUCGCGAUCGUGUGCAGGCCUGACCCACCGGUCGAGCGGCUGGUUGAUGGGCCGCCGCCGCCGGGUCUUCACCCCGAUCAGAAACCGGGUCAGUGUCUGCUGUUCCAUCUGCCGAAGAGCAAAGCGGCCGAGCUGAAGAGCCUCGCCGCGCCGCGGGAUGGGACGUGGAUUUCGACGUACGAUGCUGCUGUUGCAUUCGUCUGGCGUGCGAUGACGCGGCUGCGACAGCCUGUGUUUAAAACCCCGCUCGACUCGCCUAUAUUCUGGUCUGAAGGGGUGGAUAUGCGCCGGCGCAUGAACAACCCCCCGGUGCACCCGCGCACCCAGCACAACAUCCUGUGGGCUGCGCUGUCUGACCAAGUACCCGUUCCACAACUCACGCAUCGCGAGGUGAUAUCCGAGAAGCCGUUCUGGGAGCUCGCAGCGUAUAUUCGAAAACUGACCAAUACGAUGACGCAAGAGAACCUCGACGCGGCGCUGGAUGGCGUUGCGUAUAUCAAGGACAAGACGGCGCUCAACAUUCGCAUCAACUCGAAACCGCCCAUGUCUAUCCUUACGACGGAUCAUCGGCAGGCUACUGUCACUGAUGCGGACUUUGGGUUCGGUCGGCCGCUGUGCCACCGGCAUUUGCAGCAGGGCGCGGGCGUCACGGUUGGGGUGCAUGUGGUGUAUCCGCCAAAGUUGGAUGAUGACCCAGACUCGGAUGAGGGGAAUAUGUUUGCGUUCAUGUAUGAGAAGGAAUUGGCGAGUGACCUGAUUCGUGACCGGGAGUUUGCGCGGUUCUUUGAGUAUAGGGGGGUGGAUGGCUUUAUCGAAGAUCUCCAAAACACGAAACCUAGUCAAGCGUGA